AUGGGAUUAAGUAUUAGAGGUCAUUCUAAUAAUGAUGGCAAUUUUAUUUCCUUAUUAGAAGAAAGAUGUAUAGAUGUUCCAUGUUUAAGAUAUUGGAUACAACAGAAAAAUAACUGGCUUAGUUCAGAUAUUCAGAAUGAGAUAUUAGAAAUAAUGUCAUUAAAUGUACAGCGUGAACUCAUUAAAUCAAUAAAAAAAUCAGAGUACUUCUCUAUAAUUGCUGAUUCAACUACUGAUAUUUCUUCUGCAGAACAAUUUUCCUUAUGCAUUCGCUAUGCCGAUUCAAAUUUUGAAGUUCAUGAAGUAUUUACUGGUUUAUAUAAUACACCUGAUAGUAAAGCGUUAACAUUUUUUGACACAAUAAAAGAUGUAUUAACACGGCUUACUUUAUCUACAUCAAAUUUAAGAGGCCACUGUUUUGAUGGAGCUGCCAAUAUGUCUGGGAAAUUGAACGGGGUGAAAAAAUUAAUUGAAGAUGUUCAACCAAAAAGUUGUUUUGUACACUGUAGUAAUCAUUUGUUGGAUUUGGCAUUACAAGAAGUUGCACGAAAAAAUAGUGCUAUGUGUGAUACCUUUACUAUGGUCAGAGAUGUAUCAAAUGCUAUUCUUGAAUCUGCUAAGAGAAAAAGUAUUUAUGAAAAUAUAGUGUUAGAACCAUGUUACAAUUCUUCUGAAUUAGGUAGUAUAAAACAAAAUCUACUUCCAUUUUGUCCAACUAGAUGGUCUGUAAGAGUUAAAAGUUUAACAAGAUUUUUAGAUAACUAUAACAGAGUUCAAAAAACAUUAGAUGAAAUGCUUUCAGGGAGUGUUUGUAUAGCAGAUGAUAGAAAAUCAACACUAAGAGGAUAUGUAAAAAAAUUUAAAACAAUGUUUUUUUUGACUAUUGCAAUACAUAUCUUUGGUCCUGUAGAACAAUUGGCAAAAGUGCUACAAAAUCCUAAAUUUUUUGCAUCUAAUUCAAUUAAAGCUGCGGAUACAUUGAAGAAAACAUUAAUAUCAUUCAGAACUAAUGAAAAUUUUGAAAAGAUAUUAAAUACUGUUAAGUUGCAUGCUGAAAUAUGCGUAUUGGAACCACUUGACGACACUAGGCGCAUUCAAAAAAUACCAAAACGACUUCAAUACACAAAUAACCCUCCAACAAAAUUAUCAUCAAUAUGUGAAUUGAAGAAAGAUAUGUUUGAAAUAGUUGACUAUUUAAUAAAUGAAAUUGAUAGACGUUUUAAUCAACAAGGUCUAAAAAACUUGGUUAAGUUAGAAAACAUAAUUGUAGAUCAAAACACAAAAACUCACCAAGAACUUACUAAUUAUUUAAAUAAUAUGAGUGAGGAUUUUGACAUAAAUAAGCUACAUGCACAGCUUAUUAUGUUACCAUCCAUAGUAUCUAUCACUAGUAUUUCAGAUACUAUUAAUAAUUUGAAAAAUGAAUAUUUUAAUGUUAAAGAUUCUUUAUUUUCUGAAAUCACAAAACUUAUUAAAUUAAUUUUAACAAUACCAGCAUCUGCUGCGACUGCUGAGCGUUCUUUUAGUGCUUUAAGAAGACUAAAAACAUAUUUGAGAUCUACAAUGACCCAAAAGAGAUUAACUCAUAUGAUGAUAUUACACGUUCAUAAGUCUAUGACAGCAAACAUUGAUUUGAAAUUAAUUGCCAAAGAAUUUGUUUCCAGAACUUCACAAAGGAAAUCAACAUUUGGAAAUUUUUACUAA